AAUGGUAAUGUAUGUAUAUUAUUGUACUGACUACGUAAUCGAAGCAGUAGCAAUACCUGUUCCUAUUCUUAUGCCCCCUGAGUUGAAAAGAAGUACAUCGGUCGUGCAAAAAGCAGAUAAUAAUGGAUUCACAAUAUUGGGGCUAGUUACUCUUCGGCCUACUUUCAUACCUGUGAAUUAUAUAUCUAAAAGCCCACUUUUUCAAAGGGAGCAUGUCUCGAGUGGAACACCUGUUCAAAUUGAACCAAAAAUCUCGUAGCUCGUUCUGGCUCUUCGAUAUAGCUCAAUGACCUGGGUGAAUCAAUAAUUAUGCAGCCAUUAGCAAUCUGUUGGUUAUACUUCUGCAG